UGCUGGCAAUACUGCGAGGUGUAUCAGAAAAUAAAGCAAAAAUAGAUAAGAACUGAUAAAAAGGCCACUGGUAAACACAAAUUAAAGGGAAAAUAAAUUACAGAAAAGAAAGAAGGAGAGAAGAAGUCUGGCUAGAAAGAAGAAAGGGGUGUAUUAAGGUGUGCCGAUACAAAGGUGGAACUCUCAGCAGUGAGGAGUGGAGACAGCGCAGUGUGUGUGUGUGUCUGUCUGUGUGUGUGUCCGUGAGUCAGAAGUAAACAUACACAUACACACAGGGAAGUGACCAGUCAUGUCUCACUGGUUUCAUAGGAAUCCGCUGAAGGCCACUGCGGAGGUCAAAUUCGACCUGAAGAUGGUGGCCACAGACAGUCAAGCUCUUAAACUGUGCAGCGACUUAAAGCAAGCAAGAGCAAGAUUGCUUGAACUGCUGCCAAAUGCAAACCAUGAAAUUGAUGUUGUGGAGCCAGCCCUCACCCUGUAUCUGUCCCUGCUGCGAGGCCUCAUUGAAGUGCCAGAAGGGGAGAGCUCAGACUGGAGCAAGCUGAGGCAUGCAGUGCGCUACCGCUGGUCACACUCCAUGCUGGGCACCAAGGCUGAGGGUCAUUAUGAUGCAGUGUAUGAAUUAGUAUCAGUCCUGCAGAACACUGCCUUCUGGUAUAUGAAGCAUGCUUCAAAGAUUGCUGCUCAAGAAGAAGUGAGUAUGGAUGAAGCUAAGUUAGUUCAUCGCAGCCUGCGGCGUGGAGCUGGCUUGUUGAAGUAUACACAGGAUGAAUGGGUGAACAAGUUGCUGGAGUCUCCUGCACCAAUGAGUGAUUCUGAUCCCAGAGUGCACACAGCUUACCUCAAUCAGGCCACAGCAGAGGCACAGGAAGUAACCAUUGCAAGAGCCAUUGAGCUGAAGCACAACGCUGGACUUAUAUCUGCACUUUCAAAUGAGACAUCAAGGAUGUUCACAACUGCCGCAGAUUCCAUUGCAUCACUGGACGAGAAGAUAUUUGGUCAUUGGACUCAGUACCUCCGACUGAAGGCUGCAUUUUAUGCUUCCUAUGCAUAUAAUUAUUCAGGCCAGAACUUACUGAACCAAGACAAGUGUGGAGAUGCAAUCAGGUCCCUGCAGGAGGCAAAAAAAAAAUAUGAGGAAGCAGGCCAGCAGUGCAAGGAGUACUCCUACACUAAGGGUCCAGGAACUCAGGCUAAACCUGAGAAGCAUCAGUUCUUCCGCCGCCUGGCACCCAUUGUGGCCCGCACUCUGGAGAAGUGUGAGCGGGAGAAUGGCAUGAUCUACCAUCAGAAGAUUCCAUUUGAUCCACCUGAGCUGGAAAUAAAAGCCACUUAUGGGUUGGUUGCCCCUGAUGAGUACACUCUUCCUCCCAUGGCUCCAUUAUGGACACCAGUCACCUACAGCGCAUUUGACUUGACAAAGAACUUAUCUGAGGAUGCCUCUUCAAAAUCUAAAACUGCCCAGAAGGUAGAAGGUGAUCUCCCUGCAGUGAAAGAGACCGAAGUCCAUCACACCUCCAAAGAUCACAAAAAUGACAGUGGUUGUUCCCUCAUGUAGAGUGUGCACUGUGCAGCUGGUGCAUGAUGUCAGAGGAAGUUCCUAAGAAGAUGACACUUAAACAACACUACUCUGCAGCUACAAGAACUUACUUAAACUUGAAACAAUGCACCUACAAGAAUACUGUGUGACAUACUGUUUCUUAUUAUUCAUGUAUAUUGUACAUAUUAUUAUCUUAUUUUACCAUAUUCCAUUUUAAUCAAAACCUUUAUGUUGCAUUACAUUUCUAAUUUUAGAACAACAAAUCAUUAAACAUUACUAUAACGAUUUAAUAAUCCAUACCAUAGAUGCCAUAAAGCUAGAUGAACAUACAAUAUUAUUAUUUUUGUAUUACAUAUUUCUUCACUCCAAAGUGAACUGUUUAAUUUCUGCUGAGUUGCAUGUCUGGCAGAUUUUAUUAAGAAAUGCAAGGUAGUUAUCAAUGUGAGAGUGGAUACACUGGAUAAGAUAAAACGCUUGACUGAGAAGACAAUGUAAGAAUAAUAGAAGCCCUAUCUAGCCUUAGGAGAACAACAAUGACUAGCACUACAGUUAAAGUACAGACAGAUUGAAAUUCUCAGUCAAAGAUACUUAGAGGUUGAUAUAAACCAUACAGUACCAAGCACUCUCUCUCUCUCUCUCUCUCUCUCUCUCUCUCUCUCUCUCUCUCUCUCUCUCUCUC